GCGUGUUGGAAAGAAGGAAGAGGGAGAAGGCCCCAUUUGGCUUGGAUUACAAGUGAUUGAUUUGAUUCUCUCAAGAUAUUUUUCUGAUUGGAAUUUGGAAAAAUGUAUAUAUGUAUAUAUAUGUUUGUAUGUUUGAUUUAUGAUGUGUGUUUUUGGUUUUGGGACAAAGAUGUGAUUCAAUGUAUAUAUAUAUAUUAUAUGUAUGUGUAUAUGUAUAUUUUUAGUUGUCUUAUUACAUCAAAUAAAUUGCCAGCAAGAAAGGGGCGGUACUAAAAUCUUUUGUUGGGCUUCUUGAUGAGCUAACGCAGACCUUCUUUCCUUUCUCUCUCUUCUCUCUCUCUCUACUACCAGUUUUUGGGAAGCAGUUUUUCUGGCCUUUCUUACACUCAAAAGAGUAUCUUUCACUUUUGAUCCUUAGCUCUCCUCUCUCAACACUCUUCAGAUUCUUCGAUUCGUUUAGGUACUCUCUGCUUCUUCUUGAUGCUUUCGUUUCUUACCUUUUUCCCCAAAGUCCGAGCUUUGGAUUGUCUGAUCAAGAACUGCACGGACAGUAAUUUCCAUCUAGUGAUAUCGUAGUUUCUUCAACAGGCGGUGUAGCAUAAUCGAACUACUAAUAAAGUUGAAAAUGGAUCAGAACAAGACCUUCCAUGAGGUUGUCGGCAGUGAGAAACAGAUGCUGGCGUCGAUCUAUUCCAAGGGCAUUUUACACGACCAUGUAAUGGAACUAUACCGCAGAAUUCGAACAGAGUAUGAACAAAUCCUAUUGAACACCAACAGUGAGAUGUCGCAGCAGCAAGAAGUCGAAUAUCACUUGUGGAAGCUGCAUUAUCAGCUGAUCGAUGAAUUCCGUAAGCGAAUCGGCGGCAGCCACCGUUCUUCCGGCGUUCAUUCGGACAACAAUGGUAGCUUGCAGAGCAAUAUAGACAAAACCUUGGAAGGAUUCAGGCUGUUCUUGUCUGAAUCCACCGAAUUCUAUCGAAGGCUGGUCGUCGAGCUCAGGACGAGCUGCAGACUCGAUGCCGAAAUCUUCCUUACCGAUAAGGACCCCAUGUCGAAUUCGAAUUCCGCAGAAUCGCAAGCGUGCCAGCACACGUGCCAUCGCCUCUUAAUCUGCCUCGGCGAUCUCUCACGGUAUUUCGAGAGUGUUAAGAAAUCCGAGGCCUGUGAUUGGUCGGUUGCGUCGAAGUAUUAUCUCGAAGCGACUCGGACGUGGCCUGAUAGCGGGAAUCCGCAUAAUCAGUUGGCCUUGCUGGCGACGUAUGUCGGCGAUUCGUUCCUUGCGUUGUACCAUUGCUCGAGGAGCUUGGCUGUGAAGGAGCCGUUCCUGGAUGCGUGGAGGAACGUUAUGUUACUUUUCGAAGAGAACAGGUCUGCGACGUUGCCGGCGCUGUCUUCGCAGGCGCCGUUCGAUUUCUUGAAUCCUUCGAAACGAAGUUAUUCUUUGGAUGAUGCUUCUGAGAAGUUCGAGCUGUGGCUGGUCAUUGUCCGAACGAUAAGUUUCUUCUUCGUCGAAUCGAGUUUGGAGGAGUUUCCGAGCACACUUGCUUCGGUGGUGAACAGAUUGGAGGCGGUGUUGUCUGUCGACGAUGCGAAACUUAGAGCUAUUUUGGAGUCUUACCAAAACAUGGACUCGUCGAGAAGAGGUCCUCACCGCGCGAUCCAGCUCGUUUCUGUGUUCAUCUUUGUGGCGCAUAGCCUAACGACUAGCUCCGAACGGGAAGAGUCGAGAGAGAAGGUUGGCAACAAGCGUUCCGAGCUAACGCAGUUGGCGUUUGCAGCGAUGUUCAUUUGCUUGGGCCGUGUCACGGACCGAUGUCUGAGGGGAAACGUCAAUCACAGCGACGGUUGCCCGCUGUUGCCCGCCGUGCUUGUGUUUGUCGAAUGGUUGGUUGGUGCCGUUGAUGUGGUAGAAGCGUACGGCACAGACUCCAAGGUUAAGACUGCUUCGGGUUACUUCUUUUCUGCGCUCGCAGAUCUCUUAGAUCGAAUAGGUCGUGAUGGACGAGGGUAUCGUAUGGAUUACGCCGCAUUGUGGGAAGAUCAUGAGCUGAGGGGCUUCGAUCCGUUGAUUCGCGUUCACGAGACGAUGGAUUUCGCGACGCAUUUGGAGUGCAUGAAUGACUACGGCAGUAGAAACGAGUGUCGCGUGAGGCGCCUACUUUGCGCUGCGACGAGGAUUGUCGAAGCUGCGAGAAAAUGUCGCCGGGAAUGGAUUCCGAGUGACGCGUGGGAGAGAUUGUUAAAGACAUCGGAAUUUACGUCUGAAAAGGAGGAGACAACGACAAUGACGACGCCAAGCGCAAAAUUCCAACCUAUUGUCGAAGAAGAAGAGGUUAUCCUCUUCAAGCCGAUAACCCGGCGUAAUUCUGCGCCGCUCUACAUUUCGAAGCCGGCUAAGGAUCCUGUCAGCGCGGAAGGCGUUCAGACACAAACAUCGGCUACCGAUGAAUGGCUGCGCCGCGCCACUUCAUUGUCGACUGGCCAGAACACGGUGGACGACGCCGACUCGUUCAGCUUCUACACAAGCUCCGUACUCAGCCGGUCUUCGCCAAAACCGAUCGAUCCUUUAUCGACGGGUGCGCACCCUGCCGGACCGCCCUCACUAAGCGCGUGGGUGCUCACACAAGGAAGCUCCGAUGUCGAACCACCACCGGAGAAAAUCCGUGGCGGCUUCAGUAAACAGAAACUCAGCCCCAUCGACGAAAUGGCCUCGACGUCAUUCUCCGAUCUCGCAAUCGACGAAGCCAAGAAUUCGACGCUGCCGCCGCAUGCUUCGAUAAUCAUUCACGACGCGCCUCCGUCGUCUCCGUACAUGACUCCGACGCCGUCAGCUCCACUGUUACCGGACGACGCAGCAUGGCUGAGAGGCAACUCAUUAGCCGUCGCCAGAAAUGAGGCCAACGGAAUUCUUGGGGCCGCUCCAAUUGGAGGCUACAUUAGCCGUGCUGCAGUUCGACCGCCGGUGAAUUACUCACCGCCGCCUCUUUCAGGCCUGGUCGAUGGUUACCCGCCGCCGCUGCUCGGGAUGAGCUCAUCAGAAUGGCUGUACCACUACAGAAACAGCCAGAACAUGGCGGCGAAUCACCUCCCUCCGAUUCACUACAACGCUCCUCCUGCUUAUCACUCGAACGAGCUUUCGAGCUUCGAUUUGUUCGAUCAAUGGGGGAACCAUCUGGUGCCGAAUCCAAUGCCGUAUUUGGGAAGUCCGCAGAUUUAUUCGAGUCCUCCGGCACCGGCGGCGUACGGCGCUGAAGAGCCGAAGAGGGAUAAAUUCUUCCUGGGCUACCAGAGACCAUUUCCGUACGUGUGCGGCGUCGGCGUGGAGAUGAACUCCGAUCAGCCAUCGCUGCUGCAGUAUCUCAAGGAGAAGGAGAGGCAGGUGCAGAUGCAGCCAGGCCCGCAGCUGAGGAACCCUACGUUCACCGGGAACAACUGACUGAUUCCGCCAUUACUUGAAAUCUGUAAUGUCUUAGAAUGGUUUCAAAUGUCGAUAUGAUUAGACUUUGGACGAGCAGUUUGAAUGAAUCGAACAGUCUUCAGAUCAUUACAAUAUGGUCCGGGUCGGGUCGAUAACACAGGCCCGCCCAAUUAAGCCCAUUGAAUGAAUCAAGAAUCGGCCCGGCCCUGGUCGGCACGUGUCAGUGAUGACGUGGCUUGUGGACUCUGCAGCGUCGAGUGUAUCGAACGCUCGAACUUUUUUAUUUUCUUUUUUUAAAAAUAAUAAAAAAGGACAAAUUUGUGACGUA